CUUUUCAUCACAUCGUCCUCUCAUUUUGAUCACUCUCUUCUUCAUCUUCUCUCUUUCUCAUCACACAACACUGAGUGAAGCCAUGGAUAGGAGAGGUGCAUUCGUUGUAGCAUUGAUCUGCAUUGUGGUCGCCGGCGUCGGAGGCCAAUCUCCGGCUGCGGCACCAUCCAAAACCCCAGCUGCUCCAGCUCCUACUACCACCACCACUCCUGCUCCAACUACUGCCCCAGCAGUCGCACCGACUAAGCCAAAGUCACCUGCUCCGGUCGCAUCACCUACAUCGACUCCACCAGCUUCUUCUCCGGUAACGGCACCACCAAAACCCGCGGCACCAGCCCCAGUUGCUAAGCCUCCAGCAUCUUCGCCACCGACAGUCGCUCCAGUGAGCGCUCCACCAGCUCCAGCUCCGGUUAGCUCCCCUCCAGCACCAGUUCCAGUCAGCUCUCCUCCAACUCCAGCGCCGACGGUUACACCGACUGCCUCUCCUCCAGCUCCAGUCGCCGCACCACCCGCCGAGGUUCCUGCACCUGCUCCUAGCAAGAAGAGUAAGAAGCACAAGUCUUCAUCUCCAGCCCCGGCUCCUGAGUUGCUUGGCCCACCUGCUCCUCCGUCCGAAGCUCCCGGCCCGAACUCAGAUGAAGCUUCAUCACCUGGUCCUUCUCUAGCUGAUGAGAGUGGAGCAGAGAAGAUAAGCUUGGUGGGAGGCCUUGCAUUGGGAUGGGCUUUUUUGGCUUUGAUCCUCUAGAGAUCAGAGAAAGACAGUGCUCAUUAUUGUCGUUUAUUAUUUUAAUCUUUUUUUUUCAUCCCCAUGUUCCUCACUUAUUUAUUAUUAUUCAUACUUGAUUUAAUUUACCAUUUUGAAUAAACAAAUGGUGGGUUUGAUUCGUUUUGGGAUUUGUCACACUGAUAUUAAUAUUGCUUGUAUUCUUUGUACAAGAGAGAGAGAGAGAGAGUGUGAGUGAGGAGGAGGAGGGGAAGAAGGAGACUUUUCUUUUUUUCUUAGUUUUGUACCAUUCACUUUUAUUGUUACUCUUUUAUUUUUUGGAUUAUCAUUAUUAUUAUUUUUUGGUA